GGCGGAAAUUGAAGAAGCAGCUUAGCAAUGGCAGCGACCUUGUGCAGGGCAUGCUGUUCAUAACUGUUUAACUAGUUGCCCACCUUAACAUGCUCGUAUACCGGAAACACGGAGUGGAGGUUUUGUGUUUAUAGGGUCCUUUUCCACCUUAACGUCAUGUUUUCCUUCAUCAAGGCAGCUGUGGGCGGAUUGACCGGCAUCUGUCGAGCCAAGGGUCCUCAACAAGGUCUUCUACACAGCCACUUGAAAGUCCUAGCUGCUGGCUUGAAGACGCAUGAAACCCCUCCAGACUACAGUGAUGUGGUAUUGCCAGAGAAACCCAAACUGAAGUUUAUGAACAAGGUGCCUAACUUUAAGAAAGCAAAGAAAGAGAUGAAGAAGCUACGGGAUAUCACAGGUCCAACGAGGGGAGCAAAUGCCUUCACUACAGGACAGUACGCUAUUGUGGCCAUGGGAGGGGGCUACCUUCAUUGGGGUCACAUAGAGAUGAUCCGUCUAACCGUCAAUCGCAAGAUGGACUCCCGGACUACAUUUGCACGCUGGCGCAUCAAUGGCCCAUAUAAGCCCGUCACGCGUAAAGGUCUGGGUCAGCGCAUGGGUGGGGGCAAGGGAGCCAUCGACCACUAUGUGACACCUGUCCGCUAUGGCCGUCUAAUUGUGGAAGUCGGAGGAAAGGUGGAGCUGGGGGAGGUUGAGCAUAUCUUGAUUGAAGUGGCAAAGAAGCUACCUUUCCCUGCCAAGGUGAUGAGCAGAGAGAGCUUAGCAGACCUACAAAAGAAGCAGGCUGAUAUGGAGGAGAACAACCAGAAUCCCUGGACCUUUAAGGAGAUAGCGCGCGGAAACAUGCUGGGUAUCAGGAAGGUGCUCAGCCCCUUUGACCUGCUCCACAAUGGACGCUUCACAGGCAAAUUUCACAACCCUAAGAGGGUGUGACGGAGCUGAGGGACAGAAAUUGACAGUGUCAUACUGAAACACCAACCAGACCACACCAUGGAGGAAGCAACCAAAAGAAAUAGCCAUAAUUGGCAAUCUUCUUUUAUUUUUCAUUUUUCAUGCAAACAUAAUUGUGAAAGAUUACAUUUUGUUGAAGGGAUAUUUCUUCUCUUUUCUGUUUCAAAAAACAAUAAACUAGAUUAUGUAUUUCA